GAAAAUGCAAAGAGCAUUGAGGACACAGACCUGGCGGCCAAGAAGGUGGUGCCGGAUGAGUCCAUAAUCGAAAGCAUCCAAGAACAUGAGGAUGUGGAAAGUGGGCAUUCAGACGCGGCAAAUGUCCAGACAGUGGCAAGAUUGCUAGCUGGCCUCGUCUUGGCUGCACACACUCACCGGGACUCUGAUGCCUCAGCAGUCGGCGGGACGCAAGCGGAAAGCGUGCAAGACCACCAGGAUGCCACAGAGCUUUCGCUGGUGACGCUUACAGAGACGCAACCCGAAGGUUUGAAGGUUGCGCCGCAAGGGCUGCAAAGCGAAAAGCUCCACGAUGACGAGGACGAAAAUGCAGAACUGGCAGCGAGGGAGGUCACACAGCAUGUGGCAGCUGAAAGCACAAUGCGGGCCCAGCCAGAACCGCGAAGCGAGGGCAUUCAAGAGCCCCAGGCACCUGCCCCUGGCGACGCAGCAAGAGAAGCUGCCGGUGUUGCGGCGCGAGCCAGUGCAGAGCUCUUAGAGCCAGAGCCUUGCGAGAAGGUCCUUGAGGCAGAGGACCGCGAGGAGUCUGCAGCAGCCAAGACUGCCGAACAGGCGGUGCAGCCCGCGACAACGAAGGUGACGCAGCCUGGGCGGCAAAGCGAGAAGAUCUUGGAUCAUGAGGACGUAAAUGCAGAACUGGCAGCGAGGGAGGUCACACAGCAUGUGGCAGCUGAAAGCACAAUGCGGGCCCAGCCAGAACCGCGAAGCGAGGGCAUUCAAGAGCCCCAGGACGUCAACGCAGAACUUGCAGCAAGGGAGGUCACAGAUCACGUGACGACUGAAAGUGCGGUUCGAGAUAAGCCAGAACCGCAAAGCGAGGGCAUCCAAGAGCCCCAGGAUGCCGGAGAGUCCGCAGCAGCCAAAGCGGCAGAGAAGGCAGGAGCCGGCUUUGGAGCCAACGUACCCCCGCAACCGGCGGCCAAGGCAAACGAGGUGGCUGUUCAGCAGCCCGAGGAUACCCAGCCUUCCACUAUGCCUGCGGUAGCGGGUGCCUUGGUUGCUUCGAUUUCCCAUCCACAGGAGGAGGAUCCCAUGGAGCUCUCUGGACGCACGGAGGAUCUCAAAGCCUGGAGUAGCUUCGAUGAGCACAGCGCGGUGGAGGAAGUGGUGGAUGCAGUCGAGGCCCUGCAAAGGGGAUUGUUUGCCUUGGGUUUCGUUGUCAAGACCAUCGUGAAGUUCCCUUUCCAGUAUACAUUAAACAUCAGUAAUUGCUGGAAUGACUUGAGGGAGAUCAUGUGUGUUGGUGGGUGUGAUGGAUGCUGCGAUCAGAUGGCUUGCCGUUACAAGAGCUUGACAAUGAAUGGGUCUUGGGGGGCAGUUGUCCGGAAGGUUGUCGAGGAUCCUUCUGAUGCCAUCAUCUUCCCUUUGUGGCUGGCAGCAGUCAACUCCUGGCUUUCUACCCAGAUGCUUCGGCUGGACCGAUUGAGAGACAAUUCUGCGCUUGCACCGGUGACAGAGGAAAGGUUCGAUCCUCCUCGGAAAUGCGUGUGGCUGGCGCUGGAGUUUAUGGAUGGUGGCGAUCUCGGCAAUCGGAUCAAAGCGCGUCGACAGG